GCCAGGGAAGUAGGCUGGAGCCGGUUCGUGGAAAGUGGCUCCCGGUUCAUCAUCCGACUUCCCACGGAGUCUGUGCGGCCGGAGCCCGGGACCCAGCGGGGCGUGGCCGAGUCUCGUGGCGGAGACUCGGUCGAGGCCGGCGCGGGGGGCUGUCUACGGGUUCCAAGCGUGGUCCCUGCGCUGGAAGGAAGGGGUGCUGGCGGGGCCGUGCAGGGUGCUGGGCCCUGGAGGCGACCCCAGGACUGUGGGUGUAGCUGGAAGAGGUGACUUGGAGGAAAGAGGUUCCAGGAGGUCGUUUGCAAAUGGAGAUGCCACGCAGGGUUGGGCUGUUAAUCGUCGGUUAGGGCCUCAAAGAACUGGAGCCCCGUCCCUUGCAUUCGUUGUCACUAGCCCUCACCGUAACGCUUCUGGGCAGAUGUUAUUCCUAUUUUACAGCGUGGGAAUAAAUGAUGCCCUCAUCUUACUGAGAGAUCCAUUUCCGUGGAGAAAUACAACAGCAAUGGGUGGAUGGUUGUAAAAAAUUCAGAAUUGUAUGACUUCACUGCUCCUGUUAAAUAGAAAUAGCUUGGUUUUGGUUAACACCUUCCUUCCUUGGUAUUUUAUGCAUGGUGUGUGUCGGGAAGGAAACCAGUGCCUGUUCUCUCAUGACUUGGCAAACAGCAAGCCAUCUACCAUCUGCAAAUACUACCAGAAAGGCUAUUGUGCCUAUGGAACUCGUUGCAGAUAUGAUCACACGAGGCCCUCUGCUGCAACUGGUGGUGCCAUGGGCACCGGGCCCCACGGUGUGCCCUCCCCAGCUUUCCACAGUCCUCAUCCUCCUGACCUUACUGCGUCAAUCGUGAAAACCAACUUACACGAGCCUGGGAAACGUGAGAAGAGGACACUGGUACUUAGAGACCGAAACCUCUCUGGCCUGGCUGAAGAAAAGACCUGCCCAAGUGUUUUGAGUAACCCAGGAGGCUGCAGUGACCUGCCGAAUAGCCCAGAGAUGAAGCCACAUUCUUACCUGGAUGCCAUCAGAAGUGGUCUGGACGACUUAGAGGCCAGCAGCUCCUACAGCAGCGAGCAGCAGCUGUGCCCCUAUGCAGCCGCUGGGGAGUGCCGCUUUGGGGAUGCUUGUGUCUACCUGCAUGGGGAAGUAUGUGAGAUCUGUAGGUUACGAGUCCUGCACCCCUUCAACCCAGAGCAAAGGAAGGCUCACGAGAAGACCUGCAUGUCGACCUUCGAACAUGAGAUGGAGAAGGCCUUUGCCUUCCAGGCCAGUCAGGACAAAGUGUGCAGCAUCUGCAUGGAGGUGAUCCUUGAGAAGGCGUCGGCCUCGGAGCGAAGGUUCGGGAUCCUCUCCAACUGCAACCACACGUACUGCUUGUCCUGCAUCAGGCAGUGGAGGUGUGCCAAGCAGUUUGAGAACCCCAUCAUCAAGUCUUGUCCAGAAUGUCGCGUGAUAUCAGAAUUUGUAAUUCCAAGUGUGUAUUGGGUAGAAGAUCAGAAUAAAAAGAAUGAGCUGAUUGAAGCUUUCAAACAGGGAAUGGGAAAAAAAGCUUGUAAAUACUUUGAGCAAGGCAAAGGGACCUGCCCAUUUGGAAGCAAAUGCCUUUACCGCCAUGCUUACCCUGAUGGGCGGCUAGCAGAGCCUGAGAAACCCCGGAAACAGCUCAGUUCUGAAGGCACUGUGAGGUUCUUUAAUUCAGUUCGGCUCUGGGAUUUCAUCGAGAACCGAGAGAGCCGGCAUGUCCCCAGCACUGAAGAGGUUGACAUGACAGAGCUCGGGGACCUGUUCAUGCACCUGUCUGGAGUGGAGCCGUCAGAACCCUGAAGAGUAGAUGGCCGCCCACAUCUUGGGCUCCACCGGUCAAGCCUUCCCAAGUCAGGGUUGCAGAGCUUCCUUCACGGUAGCCAGAGGUGGCGUGUCUCUUGGAUUUGAAUGGGGUUGUACUUAACCUUGGUCUCAUUCACAAUUACAGCCAUGGGAGGAGUGAAGGAUAUAAAAUAACCUAACAAGUAUGUGGAAUCACUACUUUGAUAGUUGCUAACUUAGUUGCACCUCAAGCUCCUCAGGGGGACCAGCUUAACCAGCCAGGGUUUUACUUGAUUGCUUCAAACCAACCUGGCUCCUGUCCUUGAGCUUUACCUCCCUAGACACAGUCAGCAUGCAGCAGAUUCAGUUUUCAUACCAAAGGAUUCUUUAGCCCUUAAAAGGAUUCCUGUGUGGUGCAUCCUCCUAGAGUAUUGAAGUAGUGUGUGGUCAAAAACUUGACUUGUAUAUUACUUUUCAAGAAACAAAGUGGGUGCUUCACACCUUAGCACAAAACUCUAUAUUUACGGCUCUUAUAUAUUUACGGCUCUUCAGUGUCCCAGAUCAGAGCAGGAGGCUUGUUGCUCUGUUGAGUAAACAAAGUAUAAACCUUCCCCAUAAGGAGGGCUCUUGAAGUAGCAAGAAGUGCAAGGGGGUCAUAAUCACAGGAGAACCUUGCACACAUGCCUCCAGGGAAACACGCCCCCCUGGCUCUCAACUGCUGGCUUGUGCCCUGAGGGUGUUCAUACCUGAGGGCUCGGUGCCCACAUGUGCUCUCCUCUGUAAAACCUAGCUUUGAUUUAAAAUUUUAUAAGAAUUCAUUAGCACCCAAGAAAAGUUUCUAAGUCUUCACCCAGCAAUGGUCCUGCAGAGAACUGUGUACAGAUCUUCUGUCACCAGGUGUAACUUUAAUUGCAGGAGCAUAACCUUGUGAGUUAGAACUCAAUCCAAGCCUGAAUCUAUUUUUAUAAACAGCUGUAGAUAACCAAAUAUUUUAUAAAAUGCAUUACUUUAAAGUGUGGUUAGAAGAAACUCUACCCACUGAGUUUAGAGUGCUUUUUGCAUCAUUUUUCUAGUUAACUCUUUAGUGAAGAGUGACAAAGGCUGGAUUACAUUCAUUCCCAGCAGAGGCUCUGGGCCUAUUUCCUACUUCUUGAACAAAUGGAGUUCAAGCUGUGAACUCAGGAUCACUUUAAAAAGAGGAAACAGCCAUUAAACCUACAUUUAAUUUAUUUUAUUAAAAUAACAUAAUUGAAGAAUCAUCAGAUAACUGUAUUUUGCAGGUGCAAUAAAAACAAAAUUAAAACCCAAAUUAUCAAGAAAA